GAGCCACCAACUAUUACAGAAGCAGAAUUUAUACUGUAAGUUCACAGGAAAAGAAGUGUAAGAUCUAUCGGAUGGUCCCUGGAAAGUCAUUGCUGUUUGCUUUUAUGUGCUGCUGUAAUAGAAGGAAACUAAACCAUUCAUGAGACAAGGACUUUUAUUAUUAUUGGAAGAUUCUUUGGCAACAGAUAAUUUCCUUGUGGAUUACUUUAAUGAAUUCCUAAGCCUUCCAACCUUUUCAGAGGCAGUUAGAUUUAAUGUGGAUUAUGGAGUUUUUGAAGUAGUUAACAAUGCUCCACAACUUCUGGAAAAGCAAUUGAAAAAAAUCCUACAAAACCAGCAACCUCGAAAUCCCAUCUAUGAUGUUGUAAGGAAAAGAAAGAGUGAUGUUAAACCUGUUGGAAUGAAUGCCCCCUCUGAAGAUGAGACCAUUAAUGUCAACUACAAUAUUAUGUGUCUCAGUCGUGAACAAGGUAUUCAGUGGAUCAAAAAAGAAAGACUUCCAGCAUUUCUGGAAAGUGAUUGCUACUUUGAAUACAGGUUAGCCAAACUGAUGUCACAAGUGAGAUGGAGUACAUCAGGCAUGAAUAUCACACUAAGUACAGAUUUUUCUCCCUGGGUCCUGAGAAAACCACCCUCUCCACCACCUCCUCCCAUUGAUGAUGACAAUGUUAUAAUUAUGAAAAAGUUCUACAUUUCUCUUGGCGAGGCCUCCUACACUCAAGCAAAAGAUUGGUUUACAUUAGCAAAACAAAGUCAGCAAACAGUAUCAACCUUUUCGUUACCGUCUUAUAUACUCCAUAGCAAAACUGAAUCACCAGUUAUUUCAUCUGUUUCUGAGAGUUUUAUCUUUGAUGAUGGAGUUCAUCCCAGGACAAGAAAGGACCCAUCUAAAACCACUAGAUUAAUUUCUGAAUUUGAAGAAGAUGGGUCUGUAUCUCUACAAGACACUCCUUCUCAAGCUCUUCUGAGAGUAUACCUUGAAAAGCAACAGGAUGUUGGUGAAAGCCUGACAUUGCAUUUCUCAUCAUGUGAAGAAUUUUUAAGAUCUUACGUAACCUUUAUUUUGAGAGCAGCAAUUCAUCAAAUUCUUGGAGAGCCAUUUAGAGAAUGCCCAGGUUAUAUCAAUUUCAGAAAUGUAACAGGAGUGGUAUUUGAUGACUGUUUUCAGUUUAUUCCUGGCAAGAAUGUUUUGUUAAGUGAAACAGUUCAACUCACAAAGGAAAAGGAAGAAGAGAUGAUAGAAGAAGCAACUUCAAAGAGUGAGAACAUUGGAUCAGAAAGCAGGGCUGAUUGGUGUAUUUCUCACAAAACUUAUGACAUUGGCAAUAGAAAGGAGUUUGAAAGAUUUAAGAAAUUUAUAAAAGGUACAUUAGGGGAGAGAUAUUUGUGGCUAUGGAUGGAUAUUGAGAGGUUAAAAGUUCUUAAGGAUGCUGGAAGACAUCAAAGACAUCUUGAGAAGAUGAAAAAAUGCUAUUUAGUGAGCAAUGGAGAUUGCUAUCUUUCUGCAGAAAUCCUAACAAAAUUUAAACUGCUAGAUGGAUCUCAGUGGAAUAAAGAACACUUAAAAAAUAUUCAGACUGAAGUUGUAAAACCCUUACUUCUAUAUUGGGCACCAAGAUUCUGUGUUACUCAUUCAUUCUCAACAAAACAUGCGAGUGCUGAACUGAAAUUGUGGCACUUCCGUCAAGAGAAACCAAGGAAAGAUGUUGACCCUUUUCCACAAAUGGCAACCCUCUUGCCCUUAAGACCUAAAUCUUGCAUUCCACAGAUAUCCGAUAUGCAGAAAGAAGAAUCCAGUUUAGUACAACCUCCUAAAUCUCCCAAGAAACCACCUAGAGUAAAAACAGCAAUUCAAAAACCUUGGAAGAGUGAGACUUUGUAUACAAUUUCUUCUAAAGAUGAUGUGAUUGAGAAAGGGUCAAGGUACAUGUCAGACAGCAGCAAAGUUAUUCGUUUAACAUCUUUUACUGACAUUUCUGAAUGUCUGAAGCCACAGCUGGAUAGAAGAUAUACUUACACAGAAGAACCUUUGGUUAAAACCAUGGCAGAUGGUGCUUUGGGAGGAUUUGACAUGGAAAAUUUGUUGCAAUCUUUGUAUGUAGAAAAUAGAGCUGGAUUCUUCUUUACUAAAUUCUGUGAAGAUUCAGGGAACAAGCUGUGGAGGAACAGUGUGUACUUUUGGUUUGACCUACAGGCUUAUCAUCAGCUUUUCUACCAAGAAACACUUCACCCUUUUAAAGUAUGCAAGCAAGCCCAAUAUCUUUUUGCUACAUAUGUUGCUCCUUCGGCCACUCUUGACAUUGGACUCCAACAGGAAAAGAAAAAAGAAAUUUAUAUGAAAAUACAGCCACCUUUUGAAGACCUUUUUGACACAGCAGAAGAAUAUAUUCUUCUCCUCCUACUUGAGCCCUGGACAAAGAUGAUAAAGUCUGACCAAGUUGCUUACAGACAGGUGGAGCUGGUAGAAGAAACUCGACAGCUAGACUCCACAAACUUCAGAAAGCUUCAGGCUUUGCAUAAAGAGACAUUUUCCAAGAAACCUGAGGACACUACUUGUGAAAUUGGAACAGGUAGAUCACCACUUCCGGAUGUUUAUAAACAAACAGAAUACUGGAAUAAUGUUCCUGCAGAAUAUAAGCAUUUUAAUUUUAAUGAUCUGCUGAACAACAAACUGGAGUUUGAACAUUUCCAUCAGUUUCUUGAGGCUCAUUCUUCAAGCAUGGACCUUAUGUGCUGGACAGACAUUGAGCAGCUCCGAAGAAUAACUCACAGAGAUCGAAAACAAAGGGAGGCAAAAUCUAUAUAUAUUAAAAACAAAUACCUUAAUAAAAAAUAUUUCUUUGGACCCAACAGUCCAGCUUCUCUGCAUCAGCAGGAUCAGGUACAGAUGAGAGACAUAGCUGAAGAGUUCUUACUACAGAAGCAUGAAAAGAAAAUUGGGGUCUGGAAGCCUGUGGAGAGUAAGUGGAUAUCUUCAUCUUCUGAAAUCAUUGCUUUCCGUAAAGCAUUAUUGAAUCCAGUUACUGCAAGACAAUUUCAACGGUUUGUGGCUUUAAAAGGAGAUUUAUUGGAAAAUGGGGUGCUCUUUUGGCAAGAAGUACAAAAAUAUAAGGACUUGUGCCAUUCUCAUUGUGAUGAGUCCAUUAUCCACAAGAAGAUCAUGACUAUUAUCAACUGCUUUAUUAAUUCCAGCAUUCCACCAGCUCUACAAAUUGACAUUCCUUUAGAGCAAGCCCAGAAGAUUAUUGAACACAGGAAGGAGCUAGGACCAUAUGUAUUUAGAGAGGCACAGAUGACAAUUUUUGGAGUUCUGUUUAAAUUUUGGCCUCAGUUUUGUGAGUUUAGGAAGAACUUAACUGAUGAAAAAAUUAUGAGUACUUUAGAGAGAAGACAAGAAUAUAAUAAGCAGAAGAAAAAAUUGGCAGUCAUAGAAGAUGAAAAACGUGCAAAGGAUGGAAUCAAACAAUAUGCAAGUACUUCGGGAGCAGCUUCUUUAGUCAGUAGCUCAGUUUUAGGCCUGCAAGCAUAUGGCCGACAGCCAACCUGGUGUUAUUCGAAGUAUAUAGAAGCCUUAGAACAGGAAAGGAUUCUUCUUAAAAUUCAAGAAGAACUAGAAAAGAAGUUGUUUGCAGGCACACCAUCUUUUAUAAAUGUUAGGCCUACUACUUCAGGUAUGUCUUUCAAAAAGACAGUAUCUUCCCACAACACCCAGGGUGAGUUUCUAGUGAUAGUCUAUCUUCAGUUCUUUCUUCCUUAUUGUUAGAGUUCUGCCUCUCACCUGGCCAUCCAGAAUGUGGAGGGCAGGAAGGCAUGAGGACUGACUUCCUCCCAACUGAUCUGACCCCACAAGUUAGGAGAAAUUCAGUGUGUGUGUGUGAGUGUCCUGUCUCUUUCUUCCUAUCUCUCUUUUUUCUCUGCUGAGGAGGAAAGACUGAGACAUAUACCUAACACUUUAUCCCAUUUCCAGAGUGAAAGCACUCAUGUGAGUCUAUACCCUGUUGCUGAUAGGUGCAAGGUAAGCCAUAAACUGAAAUUUAUUCAGUCCUACCCAUGCCCUUCUAACAUACACACUCAUGCACUUUCACAACUACCCAGAUGUACACACACAAAAUACAUGCACGCACAUGCACACCGAACAUACACACACCAAAUAAACACAUGCACACCAAAUACACACACACCACUGACAAAUUGAUAGGUAGGAGCACUUUGCCUCCCUUCUGAAUGGCAAAAUCUCUUGAAAAGGAAGGCCUCUGGGGAAUGAUUAUUAUUAUUUCUGUUUACUCCUCAUCUAUUCUUCUCUUCCACAAACAAAACGUAUGGAAGCCUGGGCUCUAGUUCAGUUUCCCGUUUCCAAGCUUCUUUUUCCCAAGUUAGGAAUAUAAGAAGGAACUGAAGAUCAAGCCGGGGCCCUUCUCUCAUACAUAUAUUGAUGUGAUUUUACAGUUUUGAUUGGAUACUAAUGUUAGAGUGUAACAAUGCCCUUACAAAGUAAAAUGCUAGUAUAAUGUA